AAUCCACAGGUAACCAGGUAAUUUGUGUUAUUGAAAAGAAAUCUAAAACAAACAGCAAACAUAUCAUACAAAGACAUCAUUUAAACUAGAAACACUUGCUUCAAUAACCACAGAGUGAUACAUAGACCAUUAGCAUACACCUAUGUGUAUAUUAGAACGUGCUGAAUGCCGCGCGUGAUUUACCCGUUGUUCUAAGGUAAGGUAUACAGCUCUGACGUGUUAGAAGAGGACACUGGGAUUUUUGGGAAUAUUGCCGACAACUAGUCCCGAAUAUAACCCACUAAGAUGUCGAGGAGAUGUGACUGGAUAGACCGACGUGUAUUUACCGUGUAUUCGUCGUGGAGAGCAGAUGUGAUUCUGAACACUGAUUGACACCAGUGAUAGCACAGACACGAUUCCAUUACGAAAACUCAACAGGCAAUAUGUUUGGUGUGAUAGCUUCAUCGGCCGGCUGUAAAGGUCCCAGCCACAGUAGCAGCAGUAGCAACAAGCACCAGAGUAACCAUGACAACCAUCAAUGCAGAGGCAGUCAAGACAUAAAAGACCGAGACACAUUUAUAACCCCGGAGGAACUUUUCCAAAUAAUAGCCAACAAACGAAACGCUGAACUGAUCAACAACCGCCACAAACAUUCGCCAAGAUGUAUUCAUUCUGACCAUAGUUUUUUCACACCACAGGAAAAAUCUGGCCAUCACAAGAACAAGGAAAGCAGCUCUAAGAAACAUGGAGCUUUUUCUAUCAACCAGGCCAUAGGAACCUCCCUGUCGUGUGUCGGCGGAUCGCAGCAGUUCGCCCGGGAGCUGGGGAUCAAAGCGUCCGUUGCUCCGAAGACUUGAACAGUGUCCUAAUACCAGAGAACUGCGAUAUGGAAGUAUGGUCUUUUUAAUUGGGACCCCAAUGCCAUACUUUGAGGAUUUAAGCCUCGAUACGGAAAUAUUAAUUUACGACGGAUUUGCAUUUUAAUUACAAUUGUGUCAUAUUCGUGGUAAAUAUUUGAUGGGAUAACUGUUCCCGGGUACCUUUUGUGCAGCGGUUCACAAAAGGUUCGGUAGAUGAUGAGUUUCCAUGCGCAGGAUGACUCGGUAACCAUGUUAGUUACCGUCUAUGGACACAGACCCUAUAUUGCCAUGGUAACAUAAACCCGUAUUCAUGAAACUGUUCUCAUGCACAAACUCGGAUGUGGUACUGCAGCUCAAUUCCUGUUUUCAACUAUUUGAAGGAACUGAUUUGAAGGGGCUUGAAGCAGAACAUUGUUUACAAUGUCUAGACUUUGUUUUUCAAGUAAGCCGCUUGAUUUUAGCAAGAACAUAGUUUUUGUGCAAACAUUUCAUGUCUGACCUUGAAAAUGAUUUUAUGAAUACAGGGCCCUGAUUUUUUUGUAUCAUCAGCGUGAAAUUGAUAAACCCUAAAUUCCGAGUGUCUUGAGUUGUUAUCAUUCCAGUUCUAUGUCAUGUGUCAUCAUGUAUAAUAUAGCAUUGCCUUAAUGUCGUGCAUGAUAUUAAGUUACUGUCAAUUCACUUAAAAUUCACGAGACAUAUAUUUUCAACGGUUUUUAUAUGUGAGGAAAGAGGAUUUUAGCGAUUUUGUUUUAAUAAUAAAAACAUGACAGCUGUGUAUACCAUUGCACGGUGCUUUCAUGUCUUCGUGAAAAUGUUGUUGGGGGGAAAUCGCCAAAAUAUGCUUUCUCGCGAAAAUUAAGUAAUUUGCACUGUAUACUAUUGACUAAAUGCCGCGAGAACUUUCAGAAUUAACAAAUAAGAUAAAUUGUGAAUUUUUGACCCCGAGAAUCUGUAAAGGACAUCUUUGAUAUACGAGGUAGGGAUAUGUCGAUGUAAGACUUGUAAUGCCGUGGUUUACCAAUAAUGGCAGAUAAAAUAGGAACGGGAUAUGGUGUUAUUGAAUGAUAUCUUUAUUUCCAAGUAUUUUGUUGGAUGACGCACUUUGCCCUACAUCCUCAUUGGUUGGAUCUAAUCACGUGGGGGUCGGUUGGACUUGACAUUAACUCGGUGUUACUAUUUUUAGAUACAGCAGGUUUAUAUUCAGUCGGUUAGUAUCACUUUCUCAUGUUCAUAAAGCCACCUGUUCACCUCGACAAAAGUCCAUGAUUGAUAGAUAUACGCACAACCAAAUACGGAUCAGUGGGAUAUCUUUGUAUCACAUAUACUGUAUUAUACAUCUUUUUACGCGAAGCAUCAUUUUGGCGUUCUUGUGUCAUUUUACUUGUUAAGAAGUGAUUUUGAGAUAGUGAAGUACAUGUAUUAUGUAUGUUCACAGUUGUGUUACUUCUAAGAAGUUUUAUCAUCGCGAAAAUAAACACCACCGCGGAAAUGAAUAUGUGUACAGUAUGUGAAUCCAUGUGUUGGAGGGAGAGUGUUGUACAUGUGCUCUCGUGAAAUUUCACAUGUGUAUAUAUGUUUCACUUAAUGUAUUGGGCUUCAUUAUCGCAGGGACCAGGCACAAAUAUAAUACGUCGUAAGAUUUGUUUAUUAUAAUAUCUUAAAUAAUAUUUACCAAGAGAUUACAGAUCAAUGAAUCUGGUCCCUGUGAUCAUCAUAAGCCAGAUGCUAUAGAAUGAAUAUGUAGAACAGGUUUAAGACUAAAAUUUUAUUGGUAUGGUUUGAAUACUGUCAAGACAAUAACAAACCAAUUAAAUAUUUUGUGGAAUAUCAUAGACAAACAAUACAUGUAUGUCGAAUUUGUCUCGUUAUGCUGUAUCCAUUGAAUUCGCAAUGAACACAGAUGAAUAUAACUUCACAUUGAUUUGGUAUUUGGCGGGAAGACCCAUGACUCUUCCCCGAAAUUUAAGAAACAUAUGACAGAAAAAGGCACAUUUGCAUAUUUUUUUCAUAGAUGGUCGAACUUGCUCUAGCGAAGACCUGUACAUAAACUGUUAAAACGACCGGCUUUGCAGGUUCGACCAUUCCUUUACAAACUUAUAACCAUUCACAUUUACCCUUUGUUCUCAUGAGAAAAAUCAGCACGAUAGUAUAAAGCGUGUAUUCCAUAUCAUUGCCAAACUGUUGCUUUUCACUGAAAUCAAUUUUGAAAAUAAAUCGUUAAGCCUCUUUAACG